GCAUUUGCUACUGCCCUCGGGGAUUGGGAUCUCUAAACAUGCGCCACCAAGUCUUAUGUAACCGUUAGUGCGGGUCAAGGAAAGUUAGCUCCCGCUCUCGCAAUCUUGUCGAGUUUAAAGCGGCCUAUGCUAAGAUCUAAGCAAACAAGCUGGGCCUUGUGUGUGUUCAGCUCUUCGCACCACUCAAUGACAUUUCUCAAGGUGGAUUCACAAAUUGCUAGCCGAAAAAAAACGAGUUGGCAACCCUCGUGAUGUCCCAGGGAGUAUAGGUACUCUUCCUAAAGAUCAGAGACAUUAAUUGAGAUCCACGACGCCUAUAACUCGCAUCCAAGAGUGAUAGAAGAUGUCCAUAAAGUCGAGGAAGGCGUGCUUUUUGUGCCAAAAGCCCUGCGAUAGUCAAUGUCCUUAUUGCCAGUCUGUGUGGUUUUGCUCUGACAUUCAUUUCCAACUCCAUCGACUGGAAGAUCAAAGUUAUUGCUGUCCUUAUGAGGUGGAUGUGAAGGCUGGCAUUGGUCGCAUUCUCCGCGCCACUCGGGCCAUCAAGGCUAUGGAAAUUGUUUUAAUCGACCCUGGGACCGUGGUGGGACCCAACUAUUCUUCCACUCCAGUGUGUUUGGAUUGUCUGUCAAGCGUUGAUGGGUCUUUCUUGUGUCCCUGCUGUCGAUUUCCACUUUGUUCCACUGACUGCUCGACCGGGUCAAUGCACCAGGACGAAUGUCUCAUCCUGGGACGGUGCUUGGAUCGACCGGAGGCCCUUCAAAUCAAGGGACCCGAGCAUGAAACCAAUGCCUAUUCGAUCAUCACCCCUUUGAGAACACUUCUACUCAAGGAAAGUGGAACUGACGCCUGGCAAAGGACCGACGAAUUGAUGGACCACCAUCAAGAGCGACGGCAGAAUCUGGAAGAGUGGACCUGGUACCAAAAGAAUGUGGUCGACUUCAUUCGACACAACCUGGGACUGACUCAAUUCUCCGAGGUGGACGUCCAUCGGGCGAUUGGGAUUCUUAACGUUAAUGCAGUGACGCUUCAGUAUCCCAGAAAAUCGGGAGGGGGCGCCAAUCCCAAGGAUGUCAAAAAGGGUAAAGGGAUCUAUCCCAUAUUUGCCAUCAUGUCGCAUUACUGCAUUUGCAACGCCCGCUACACCAUCGAUCCCAAGACGUCGGAAAUGUAUGUCCGAGCUCGUCGGCCCAUCAUGAGGGGAGAGGAGCUCUCGGUCCAAUAUCUAUCGGCCUUGUCCGGGACUUUUAAGCGGCGCAAGAAAAUCAGAAGCGAGUGGCACUUUGAUUGCUUGUGCCGUCGGUGCUCGGAUCCCAGUGAAUGUGCCACGAACAUUAGCGCUGUCAACUGUUUUAGUUGCGAAAAUGGAUACCUCUUACCGGCCAACCCACUCGAUUACGAGUCUUCUUGGAUUUGCCAGAAAUGUGGACAUGCCGUAUCGUCCUCGAAAAUCGAGGAACUGGUUGACAGUAUUCAAAGCGAAUUGGAUGACAUUGGUGGGAGUGAUGAAUUUCACCGCUACGAGGAUUUCAUCGCGUCCUACCAAGGCAUUAUGCUCCAUCCCAACCAUUACUUACUCAUGACCGCCACCCGGAAUCUUAUUCAAUUUUACACGUACAGCGCGGGAAAUGAGGUUCUUGCCUACGAAACGCUCAAACGGAAACUCCAGCUUUGCCAAAACUUUUGGAUGGUUCUCACGAGAGUGGAUCCAGGAUACUCGGAGAUCCGGAACUUUGUGCAGAAAGAGUUAAAUUUCUGCAAACUUUUGUUAAGCCAACAGGACUACCACUCGGGUAAAAUUGGUAAAGAGGAGUAUUUGCUGAACUCGCGGCAAAGUCUUCUCGCCUUGGAUGAAGUGGAGCGGAACAAGAAACUGAUCGAAAAGAAUAUCUCCUAAUCUGACAGAGCAAACUUAUGCCUUUGCAUUAUACACCAAACAUAUUGUACAUCUCUAAUCAUCCCAGAUCUCUCCUGCAAGUAGCUCGUACCGUUUGAAUUGUUCAUAACUAACACAAACAUGAAGUGAAGCCAAUAAAUUGUCCUUGCGUUUGAGCAAAAGAUUUUGACUAUCUCGUGACAGAAAAGGCGAAGGUCAACAGUUAUUGCCUUUAUUCAGAUAGAUUUCUCAUUACAAGAGACAAAAUGCAAAAUAUUUUUUUCGUGUUAAUAUGAAAAGUACGAGUUGAAUUAUGCAAUUGAUACAAUAAAUAGGAGAUCGAAAUAACUAUCACUUGAUUUAAAGUUCUUAUUGUAUUACACAUCAAUAACAAAAUAUUAGAAAAAAAAUCAUCUAUGUAUAAUCA